AUGGCCUCCAAUAGGGCCUCGACAGACUCUCAAGGUCCGCAGAAGUCUCCCUCGCUGGCCCCUCAAGCUCACCCACACGGGAGACAGAGCCCUUCGUUCCAACUGCACCCUGGGACACCUCUGGGCUCUCACCCACCGAACGGUCCUGGCUAUAGGAGCCCUGAGUUACGACCGAAGGAUAGCACCGGUUCACCAAAAUCAUCGAUCGCCAGCCGGCCAUCGUCACAGCGAACAGAGCCGACCCCGGCGGAAGCAACUACCCUACCGGCUCCUGUUUUGCCUGUUCCUGCGCAGACUGCUCCAGCGCCUGCUGCCCCCAAUGCACCUGCUCCCAGUAUACGUGCUCCAAUGAUACUGGCUGCUCCUACGGUAUACGCUCCAACAGCGCCGGCUCCUUUGACACCACAGCCAUUGGCCCCUAUCCCUAAGCGGGAUGAGGAUGCUCUUGCCCAAGCCCCGAAUAGUGCUCCUCUGCCUGGAGCUCAGACAGCGUCUGGUGAGAAGAAGGACAAAUGGACAAAGACUCCCGCUGUAGAUUAUACCGGAGAUGACUGGGGAAGCGAGGAUGAGUGGAAUUAA